UGUCCUUGAGAGGUAUUUCCUUUUGCUCUUGCUUUUAUAUUUAGAAGUCCCAGCUUCAGAAAUUCCUGGUGGGAAGAUGGCUCCUUCCUCAGUCUUCCUGCUCCUAUUCAUGCUUUUGCCAAAUGGUCUUUCAUCUCUUUCAAAUGGCAAACAGAAACCAGUAUAUGAAAGGAAACGCCAGGAAUUCACCUGUAUUGGAUGUGUGCUUAUGGUUUCCAUUGUAGAGCAGCUUGCUCAGGUCCACAACUUCAGCCAAAAGAAGCUCUGGAGACUCUGUAGCUACUUACCUGAAAAGAUGAACUUACAAGGCAUUUGCUUUCUGGCUUCUGAAAUAUUUGGACCAACUAUAAUUAGAAUGAUAGAGAAUAAAAUGAACACUGAUGUAGUAUGCCAUGCCAUUCACCUAUGUAAACAGAAGGCAGGACAACCAUCUUGUCAUCUCUAUCCUCUCCCUAAGAUGGGGUUAAAUGUAACUAUGAAGAAAUUUGAAAGAAUGGCUGCAGUGAAGAUCCUGAAACAUAUGCAUGAUUUACCAGGCCUAUGCUCACUUCCUUUUCUGAAGAACCUAUGUGAGAACAUUAAAAGUUUCAUCAAGCACAAGUUACCUUACGAAGACUUUGAUGGAGAUAAAUUUAGUAUUUUUCCAACUUUAAGAGGGUAUUACUGGAGAGGCAGAGACUGUGACGAUGCAGAUGCCUCUGUGUAUCCGGGUAGACGCCCUGAUGAGUGGGAUGCAAAGCUGGAUUCUAACUGUAAUGGCAUAUGGGGUGUGGAUCCAAAAGAUGGAAUUCCCUACGAGCAGAAAUUCUGUAAUGGCACAGAGUCCAAGGGAGUCAUUAUUCUGGGAGAUUCAGCUGCAGCUCACUUUCACAUCCCUCCUGAAUGGGUGACAGCAUCACAGAUGUCAAAGAAGGCCUUUUCCAACCUUCUUGAGGCAUUGACCAAUGAGCUUGACUGGCCUCAGUUUUCAGAAGUCACUGGAUUUCUCAACUCCACCAUUGGGGGAUGGACAGAAUCAUUGUAUCUACAGCUGCGCAAAAGAAACCGUUGUAACCACCGAGAUUACCAAAACCUUUCUAAAAAUGGUGGCUCUUCAGAAAAUGUUCUUGAAUUACUGGAAAGCUUGGCAAGGAAUCAACAAUUUGACAAGCCUGCAGUAGUUAUCUUUGCAAUGAUUGGGAAUGAUGUCUGCAAUGGGAGUCCUGACACAGUGAAACAUAUGACUCAGCCUAAGGAAAUGCACACCAAUGUUUUGCAGACUUUGCGUUAUCUAGACAGCUAUCUUCCAAAGGGAAGCCAUGUAAUUUUAAUUGGCUUGGUAGAUGGUCGCUUCCUGUGGGAUAACUUGCAUGACAGAUACCAUCCUCUUGGACAAUUAAACAAAGAUGUCACAUAUGAACAACUUUAUUCAUUUCUUAGCUGUCUUCAGAUCAAUCCAUGCAAUGGCUGGUUGUCUUCAAACAGCACACUUAGGAACUUGACUUCAGAGAGAGCCUCACAGCUUUCCAGUGUUCUGAAAGAAAUAGCAAAAAUUGAGAAAUAUACCAAUUUUGAUGUUUUCUACAUGGAUUAUCCAAUUAAAGAAAUUGCUGAAAUGUGGCAGAAGAUGGGAGGAGAGACCUGGCAGUUAAUAGAACCUGUGGAUGGAUUUCACCCUAAUCAGAUUGCUUCUGCACUUGGAGCAAGAAUUGUCUGGGAGAAGAUACUCCACAAAUGGCCACAUGUCUUAGGAAAAGAAAAUCCAUUCAACAGCGAGAUUGCGAUGAUCUUCAAAGAUCAAGGAGGGCACUGAACGCAGUACGAUGAAAUAGAAUUAGGAAAUCUGUUUUCCUUCAAGGUUUGAGUUCCUUUGGAGUUGUAUUAUUUUUCAUUAUUGAAUUACUUGUUUGCACCAUCAGUUUAUAGAGCCAUGCAUUUAUAGUUUUGACUAGUAAAAAUUAAAAAAAAAUUGCCUCAGGUUUAUUUUGAGAUCAUACUUUUUCUUUUUGGAAUUAUUUCAGCAUGUAAUCUCAUAGAAUCAUAGGUGGAAGAGACCACAAGGGCUGCUCUUCAUAG